UUGUGUUACUUAAUAGUUUAUCUCAACAUGGGCUUUGAUGAAGGAAGGAUCAUCCUAGGCAGUGAUAAUGGAUCAUAUUUUGCGGGACAGACGGUUAAUGCCAAGUUAGUUUUUAACCAAGACAAGGUGAAAACUUUUCGAGGUAUAUAUGCGAAAAUUAAAGGUUUCUGCAAAGUCCACUGGACAACCUCACACUCCAGGCAAGUCCCUGACGGCCGGGGCGGGCACCGCACGGAACACUACACUGAGACACAUGAGUCUCAUGAGGUCUAUGUUGAACGGAAAAUUUACCUUGUUGGAGGGGAAAGUGGCGAACAUAGUAUACAACCAGGCAAACAUGAAUACCCAUUCGACUUCCCAUUGCCUGUGAACUGUCCCUCGUCCUUCGAGGGUGAGCAUGGCCACAUCCGAUAUGAAAUAAAGGUGGUGGUGGACCGGGCCUUCAAGACUGAUCAAGAGAAAAAGGUCCGGCUGAGGGUCAUAGCGCCAUUGGAUCUUAAUGCGGAUCCCUAUUGCAGUGAAGCAAUCGAGAUCGAGAUGAGCAACACCUACUGCUGCUGUUGCAUGAGUCGUGGCGCUUGCGAGACCUUAGUGAAACUACCCAAAGGCGGCUAUUGCCCGGGCCAAUCCAUCCCUAUUGAAGUCAGCUGCGAAAACAAGGGCAAUGUGGACAUUGAGACCCUCACCUUUGCUAUAGAACAGAACACAGUGUUCCACGCGACCCAUCGCCCCGGCACGAAGAGCAGAGAAGACACCGUCGCCAAACUGAAGAAGGGCCCGAUACCCGGCAACACGUCUCGCACCUGGACUGUGGAGAUGGAUAUGCCCACCAUGGACCUGUACAAUGUAGCCGCUUGUCGGUACAUCGAUAUUGACUACACUUUCGUGGUCAAAGUAUCACCAGACGGCUGUCACGAAGACAGCAAAGAGAGACGCCGCAUCGUCAUCGGCAACGUCCCGCUGCGUGGCUACCAGGACAAUAUCCCCAACCCAAUGCAAGACCAAAUGCCCAAACAGAUGGAGAACUAUCAAAACGCCGCGCCGCACUUCGGCCCCGUUGUCAACCAACCCAUGCCUUAUCCUGCUCCUAGUCCUUACCCUAGCGGUAACCCUUACCCUAGUGGUAACCCUUACCCUGGUGCUAGCCCGUACCCUGUCGCUAACCCUCCAUACCCGAACGCUAGUCCGUACCCCAGCCCGCACCCGGUGUCUCCGUAUCCUAAUUCUCCGUACCCUGGAAGUGCGCAGCCGGUCUCGCCGUAUCCGCCUCCGUACUCCGCUGUGCCUUCGUUGCCGCCUGGGGCUAAUGUGCCGUAUCCCAUAGGGCCCACGAGCCCGUUUGUCAACGCUAGUGCCCCCGGCCUGAUACCAGCAACGCCGGAUUCUGCCGAGAAAAAAAACCCGAUAGAUGACACCUCCAACAUCAACAAUCCUCCUUUCAACCCUAACUUUAAAUCAUAAAAGGCUCAUAAUUUUCUACA